GCCGUAUGGGUGCCAUUGCUGCCUACACUGGACCAACAUGCGCGCCAAGAGAUUGCUCACCCAAUGGAGUCUUUCCUGAAGUUUUGCAGGAAGCUACUCCGUACCUGUUGCUUCCUUUCACAGAACCAACAACAGGCACCUCAGUCAUGAAUCUCACAAUAGCAGUCAUGCAUCAAUGAUUAUACUCCAACUUCAAGCCGCCCAGAAUGCCGCCAAAGAAGAAGGUGCGACGUGCUAAAACAUGGCAACAAGUUGCCGAGGAGGCACAACGACACCGCGAUGGUACCCUCACCGCCUUCAGCCACUGCCUCAAACUAGAGGAGCUUGAGCAGGCCAAGGCAGCUUCCUCGAACGCAACCCAGCUCCCAGCCCAGAUGCCCUCCGUUGAAGAGGCCACGCUGGAAAUCACAGCUCUGAGCCCAAAGAGCCUCGCCAAAAAGAUCGCCUUGGGCGUCCACACGGCAUCAGACGUGGUAUCCGCCUUUUCAACGACCGCCGCAAUCGCCCAAAAGGCCGUGAACUGCCUCACCGAGCUCCUCCCGUCGCGCGCCACCACCCGCGCAGCGGAAUUGGACAGACACAUAGCAGCCACCGGUAAGCCCGUCGGGCCUCUGCACGGGCUGCCCAUCAGCGUCAAGUCCCACAUAGGCAUUGCCGGCUGCCAGGUAGCCGCGGGCUACAUCGCGUGGUACGAUGACCCAACCCAUGUCGCGGCGCGCGACGCGCUCGUGGUGCAAUGCCUCGAGCGCGCCGGCGGCGUCGUACACGCGCGCACCACCGAGCCCCAGAGCAUGAUGCAGCUCGAGUGCGCCAGCAACUUGUACGGCCGGACGCUCAACCCGUACAAUGUCAAUCUUUCCUCGGGCGGUUCGUCGGGCGGCGAGGCCGCGUUGCUGGCCAUGCGUGGCAGUGUUAUUGGAGUCGGCAGCGACGUGGGCGGGAGCAUCCGGGUGCCCGCCGCCGCCUGCGGCGUGUUUGGCCUCAAGCCGACCGCGUUCCGCGUCCCGACUACGGGCUGGAGCUCGACGCCUCCCGGUGCGGAUCCUAUACCUACGGUGCUCGGUCCGAUGAGUUGCAGUUUGGAGGGCAUCGACAUGUUCAUGGAUGUUGUGCUGGCCUCGGAACCCUGGAAGGUGGAACCGGCGUUGGUGCCGUUGCCGUGGAGGACGGUGGAUAUUGUACCUAGCCCGACUCGGCCGCUCCGUAUUGGAGUCGCAGUAGAUGACGGGGUAGUAGUCCCCCACCCGCCCAUCGUUCGGGUGCUGGAGGAGCUCUCGAAGAAAAUGGCCGCCCUGGCGCAUGUGGAGGUGGUGAAGUUUCCCCUGUACAAACUGGACGAAGCGUGGGCAAUUGGAUCGAGCUUGUAUUUCACCGAUGGUGGAGAGGCUGACAUCGCUGUCAUGAACCGGUCAGGGGAGCCCAUGCUGCCGCUAGUACACUGGAUUCUCAAGGAGAACCCGGCAGUGAAGAAGCUAACGAGGGAGAAGCUGGAGUAUUGGCUGGAAGAGCGAGAAGAGUACCGGAUCGAGUAUGCCGAACACUGGAACCGCACCGGCCGUUUGGACGAGGCGACGGGCAGUUGGGUCGACACAGUUGAUGCAUUGAUCUGUCCAGUUGCGCCGGGUGUGGCCACAUGCCAUGAUACGGCCAAGUAUUGGACAUACUCAGCCGUGUGGAAUCUGCUCGACUACCCCGCGCUUGCGUUUCCAGCUGGGACGGCGGACAAGGAACGAGAUGUUCAGACUGGACGUGCGGACUUCAAAAGCUUCCAUGACCGGAAGAAUUGGGAACUGUACGACGCCGAGGUCUUCCAUGGCAUGCCAGUGGGCCUGCAAAUACUUGGUCGACGGUUUGAUGAUGAAAAGAUUGUAGCCAUUCUCAAAUACUUGCAGGACCAGGGGUGUGUCGGGCACGACCAUGGCCCUUUCAAUCCCAUCUACUCACCGGUGGAGACGUGA